ACCCUUCUGCUUCCCCCAACCAUUCAUUCUUCAAUUCGAUCAGAUUCAUAUACAUACUUGUUUGGGUAAAAAAUCAAUUAGAAGAAGAAGAAGUAGCUAACUUUCCUUAUCUAUGGCGUCCAAGGGUCAAUCCAAUUUCGAAGAUUUCCUGCCUCUCAUGGCGGAGAAGCUCGGCGGCGACGGCUUGAUUGGGGAGCUCUGUAAUGGGUUUAGACUGCUGAUGGAUCCCGACAAAGGGUUGAUCACAUUCGAGAGCCUCAAGAAGAACGCAGCUUUCUUGGGGCUUCAAGAUUUGUCCGAUGAAGAUCUUUAUGGGAUGCUGAAAGAAGGCGACUUUGAUGGCGAUGGAGCUCUGAAUCAGAUGGAAUUUUGUGUUUUGAUGUUCAGAUUAAGCCCCGAGCUGAUGGAGCACUCCCAGUUUUUGUUAGAGGAGGCUCUGCAACAGGAACAGUUCCAGAAAUUUCAUGUUUUCUUGUGAUAUAAUUUUAUUUUAAUCUUUUUUUUUUUUUUUUUUCCCUAAUUGGAAUUGGAAAUUAUACAGUGAUUGACUGGAGAAAGAUUAAUAAAAGUUAAUGAUGAACCCUUUAGUUCA